AUGUUUGAGGUUCAACAUAACCACCACGGACAAGAGUUCAAGCGCUUCUUUCACCAUGGUCGAAGCUCAAUGUCUGCCAUUGAGGACAAGAGGGCAGAAGAGUUUAGGAGACAUGUCUGGGCGGUUACUAUGAUUGAUGAGGAUCCGUUGGCAGGGAGUAGGGAGAAGAAGAACAAGAAGAACCGCCAAUCGAUUGACCUUGUUCGUCCUGGUUCAAACAAACUGAGAUCCAAGAGAGCUUCUACAUAUGCUGGAUCACCGCCAGUAACAAAGCCUAAUGACAAGCAACACAAGAACCAGCUAAAGCUUGACACUGCCGCGACUAUGAAGGACUCUACAGUUACUGUCCAGCCGGUUCACCCACCAUCUUUUGGCUCACCAAAAGAUCUCUCUUUAGUUCAAGAAAACGCUAUCAACGCUUUCCUUGCAAACACUGAGUCUCCAAAGAGCACACAAGACAACUUUUCUCCUACGGCGUAUCCUCGACCAACAUAUGCUGUUCUCGAAACUCCCCUGGCAGAUCCUACAAAUGUGAGGCCAAAUGCCGUCCUGAACCGUCCUCGAAAACUGUCCAACAACUCAGUUACGACUGCAUCAUACCAAAAUAUUCAACUCGUGGGCCCGGACUCGGCAGCCCUCAAGAAGAAGUUCAAAAUGGCACAGGGCAUUCGUGUUCUCAUGCUCCGGCGCAUACUCCGCUCUAAUCCUCACAUCGCCGAAAUCGUCCGCACACUUAAAGUUCCGGCCCCUGAAAUUGUCGCCAAAGGCUCCGGAGCUGCCGAGUAUGAGGACCUUAUUGCAACGCUCGUCAUGGCGUGUCCCAAUAUCGAGAGUCUCAGUGGAUUGUCGGUUCCGUACGACCACUCCUUCAAGAAGAUCUUUCAUGCGUUAUCAACAAGACCCAUGUUAAGACAAAUGAACUGGCUUGUACACGCUUCGCCUCAUCAGAGACAACAGAGAAUCCAAUCGAGUACUCAGCAGCUUGGCUUGGUGAUGCCUGGAGAACUCAGGCCUUCCCAGGAAGCUGCCUUUUUGGCAUAUCAUGAUAACUGGUCUCGCCUGGAAACGUUUACUGUGCAUUGUCUCCCAGGAGCUACCGUCACGCCCGAGAACCUUCUCACAUCAACACUCAAGCGUCUCCCGAACCUCAAACAUCUUCAUCUCUGUAACCUACCGCCCAAUAGCUUCGACGACUCAACUCUCCUUGCUCUGCCGCCCCUACACUCCUUGACGUUGUCUCACAUCAGCGGUAUAACCUCGAGCGGGCUAUCAUCAUUCGCAACGCAGUCCACUAGUCUUCCUCUGCGUAAGCUUACUCUUCGACACACACCUCUCACGUCUCUCGCUGCUCUAGCGCGCAUCUUGUCUAAUUUGAGAAACUUGCUGGACUUUUCUCUGGUUCAGAUUUUCCCACCCGUCAUGCCGGAGAACGACAGCUUCGCACUAUGGAUGAUGCCAUAUCUUGCAAACAACACUGUGCAGAGUCUCCAUUGGGAUAUCACCAGCCAUGCUACCUGUGUCAAUGCAGCGGAUGAUAUUCUCGCUCGCAGUAUCUCUGCAGGAGGUUUCCCAGCUUUGAGGACACUCCGAGCACUCAACGACCCGGACGGCAUCUUUCAGGAUCUGUGCUACCCCGUCGAGAGAAUCGAUCUUCCUUCUGAUCGAUUCCGAACCUCUGAGCAACCAGAGAGCUCAUCACCUUUUACAUUUCCUCUAAGCUCGGCAAGCCCCAUGUCUCCCACACGCCUGUUCAAAUCCAACAACUCACCGCUCGCUUCUCCACGGACCCCGGUUUCUCCGUUUGGCGACACACGCCGCCCUUACACAAGCCUCCAUACCGCACGGCUUGCCGCCCAAACGCGUCUCGAAGCAGCACGUUCCCGGCCAAAAUUCACUGUCAACGUAGUAGAUGAGGGCGGAACCAUUACUGAGACUUUCUCCAUGGCUGGAUUCAUUGGUACGGCCGGAAGCUCAAUCAAGUACCACCUUCUUCCUGACAGGGGCACUACAGACGAUAAAGGCGGUCUUAUUGAUGUGAGAGAUUUGGAUAGCGAUGCUGGAGAGAGUCUCAUCGGUGGGAGGGAAGGGUGCACUGGACGCUGGAAUGUGCGUGAUGGCAUCGUGGCAGAUAAGAAGGAAAAAGAAAGAUGGUGGCAUACAGAGAGAGGUCGGUGGACCAAAGUCACUCUCUGA